GCAUUACAUCAUCUGAGAUAUUUAUCUACCUACUCGAUAGUUUUUGCAUUUUUAUAAUCACAUCACAUUAAACAGGCAAUUCUAGCUAUCGUACGUAGAAAUUUGAGGUAAAACGAUAGUGUACCUAGUCAUAAGACGAACUCGAUCAUCUCAUAUCGUCUAUCAAAAGCCAUUCCAACCAUCUGUGAUACCUAACCUAAAUGUGAAUGUUGUUAUUUAAGUGAUCGCUAGUUUUGUGCAGUUUUACAAUUGAUUGUGUGUUGUCGAAGCCAAAGAAACAUUCUUGGGGUAAGUCAGUAAUUGAGUAGAACAUGUUGUAAGUUCGUCGUGAAUAUACAGGGUGGGUUAUUGGUCGAUAUGAAAGGCUCGUCUGCUGACAUCCCAGUUUGGAAGAAAGACCUGGUGGCCCGUCUUCGGGCGCAGAACAAAUGCACCGGCAACCAGGCGUUAACGGUUUGUGGCAGUCGGCCGUCUCCCCCCUAUCAGAGCGACUCCGCGGGUCGUGCACCUAAACACAGCCACCAAACUAGUGUUGGAAUCCGACCGACGACAUGCAACCAGUUAUCGGCCGCGUCUGGUGCAGCUAAAGUGUCGUCCAUCAAUCCGGACAAGAAUGAGACCAGCGCCAAGUUCAUUUCUCCAUUAACGCAACGAAAAACGUGCAAAAUGGUACAAGAACGCGUGUGGUCGGUCGAUUACAGUUCCUGGGAAUCCGGCCAUAAUAUGGCCAGCGAGAACGAGAACAAUUCCAGAACGUCGGACAGCGACUCAUCGGAGGAACUCCACUACGGCCCGGGCAUCGUGAACAAGCUGAAAAACAAGUAUCUCAGCCUGACGUUGCACAGGGAGAACCAGCUGAAACAGAGGCCGAAUCUGAGGAAGGCUGCCUCCCUGGAGGACAUGCUGGACGACCAGGACGACGACGACGAGGAAUCCGUUAAGGCCGAGUCGGAAACGCGACGUCUGUUCCAAACCAACGGCGUCGACAGGCACACGAACCGGUACAGGCACUCGAAACGCGGGGUGCAAGACAUGAAGAGGGCCAGGUCGAUGGAGACGAUCUCCAGGUUCGAGAACAUGAUAUCGCCGCCGCCGCCGUCGCAGCAGCCCCAGGACAACGGCAGGCCCAAAUCGAUGCACGAAUACCUCCUUAUCGCUGACCUGGAGGAAGGAAGUGACAAAUACAGGAAACCCAAAGAUAGCAAAGUCGGAGAAAACGAAACCAAUGUCCUGUUUAACAACGGCUAUGUGCCGCGAGUGAACCGUCCGAAGAGGAUAGCGCCCAUGAUGAACGAACGCGAGAAACCGCCCGCCGACGUCGUCAAACAGGCCAAGAUGAUCUUCGAGAAACGCCCGGAACAGAGGACCAAACCGCCGGUGAACACCGGUGAGGUGGCCGCCAAAGUGGCUUGUUACAAGAGCAUCAUCGUGCAGUCGAAACAGGCCAAGAAACCUCCGGUUAAGACCAAGCCCGCUGCGCCGUUCCUUGCCAAAAACGGCGACAAUAUCGCCAAAUCCAAGGCCGAAGAUAAUAAAACGAAAACGGAGAACAAGCCGAAACCGGAAAAACCCAAGACUGUAACCAAUGGAACUAACCCUCCAAAAGUGGCGCCAAGGAUCAGGGCUACCUCGAAGAAACCCCAAACGUCACCUGUGCUGUCUCCAUGCGAAGAAACCAAAACUUUCAAGGACGAACAAGUGGUUGAAGUGUCGGAUAAAGCCGUUACAGGCAAGGUUAAACCUGCACAAUUGCCAGGGUUGAUACCGGACGUAUCCCUCGUCAAGGUGGAACAAGACACGACAGGCCGUCUGUGCCAUACUCCAGACCUCAUAAUGACCAUCAACCCCAUAGCCGUCUCCACCCCAUCCUACGAGUCAUCGGACAACACGCCCAAGGAAUGCUACAACCACGAAAUUCUUGAAAGUGUGACAACCGAUCGGUGUGCCGUCGACGGGACGCUCCACCAAGUGGACCAAACCAGUACAAAAGAUGCCGUGCCUCUUAACGAACCCCUAAAACUGAUCAUAAACUAUAAUCGGAGUUCCCCUACGUCGGAGGAAUCGCCCAGGUUGUCUCAGAUAUCACCCAUACCCCGCAGGAAGAUCGUGAGCCCCCCGAUAAGGCCCCCAAAGGACCCCGUGUUGGAGAAGAACCUCAUCAAUGCGGCGAAGAGCCUGGAGCAGUCCAAGGUCGAGGAUAGGGCUGAUGUGUUUGUGCCAAAAAAAGUGAAACGGCCUCCUAGAGAGCCGGAAUCGAACUCUAUCGUUUUUAAGUUUACGGAUAGGAAGGACGUGCCGGAUUAUGUGCAGAACGAUAGGAGUAGGAGCGUCGGGAAGCUGGAAAGACCGAAGGUUGGUGAAGGUGGAAUUAUACUUUUACCAGGGGCGGCGAUAGACGAAUCUUUCACGGAUGAGGAUGAAGAAAUUAGGAAGUAUCUUGAAGCUCCUCCUAGUCCUUGUGAUGUUACUUUCAUCAAUGAUAAUAUUUUGAUAGAUGGAAAAUCCAGCAUCAAGCAUAAGGCUAAAAGGAGUCGAAUGAGGAUAUCGUUCGUAGAAUCUGGACCGGACGUAUUUGAAUAUCCCUCGGAAUCGUCGCUCCUCGUAGAUGAAUCCCCUACGUCGAUUCCAUCGUCCCCACCGAUGACAGGUCAUGCAGUUCCUAAUCUAUCUGGUUCAUAUCUCGCCAACUACAUUCCAAAAUCUACUGAAGAGUUCCAACCGGGUGUGUCUAGGAGUGUGCAUCCCUUAACACCGCCCCCAACGAAAGAAGAACAAAUAGAGGAAGACGAUCAGGCCCUGCUGGAAGAAGUUGAACAACCUGUAACAUUCAGUGCUGGAACAAAUUCGGAUAUGUUAUUUUAGGUUAGUCCAGUAUAUCUUCCUUUUGAACAUUCCAAUUGAUGAAAAGAAUUGCAUUGGGCAUAUUUUCUCAAGACCAAUUGAGAAUCAAGGAUAUUCAGUUGUCUUUGGGAGCUCUGUGAGCUCCAUAAAUGUACAGAGUUUGGACAAUGCCAAUUUUUCGGAUUGUUGCCGAAACUGAAUGGAAAAAAUAUGAUCCGCAUCAGAAAAACAAAAUACUGCCUGCUUCUUCUGAAUAUUUUUGCCGAAUCUUUUGUUACAUUGUUGAAGUAUUGAAAAAUAACCAUAAGCUAUCACAUCUUUAUACAUCUUACAGUGAUAUAUCAAUAACGAUUUUUAUUAUUUUAUUUGUAUUUAUGUAUUACUGUGGUAUUAGGUUAAUAUCGUGAAUGUCACAGUUGUGAUGUGCUGUAAAUUCCCUUCACAUCUUUGUGAACUUGAAAUGAAAACCAAAAUGUGAGAAAAUUUGUAUAUAUUGUGAAAGAAAUUGAUUUGAAACUGUUUAUUUCAAUCGAAAGUGAGAAACUUUUAUUCCGUUUACAUCACAAAAUGAUGAGGCGUUUCUGUUAUGUUCAUUAACGCUUGUAAUGUUAGACUUAUGUUUAAGAUUGAAGAUUUUAGCUGUGAUUAUUGAUUUUUGCGGACCAAUUUACUCUUUUAAUCCAUGUUGCUUUGACACAUUCACAAAUGAAGCAUUUAUUGAUCGAUAUCGAUUUUUUUUCUACAUGUGUAUAUUGUAUUGUCAAAUGUAUUUACAUUUCUUUUGGAUUAAAAUUUUGCUGCAAAUGAA